ACAGCGCACUGAGCCCCGCUGCCUGCAGGAGCCGCUUUAUAAAGAGCUAAAUUUACCAAACUUUACGUUGUUUCCUGAGCUCUCACAAUUGGCUAGGCGUACUCGGGUUAGAGCAUUAUAAGGUUUGGAGGACCUCCUACCACUUUUAAACUUGUUCAUGUCUUUGGAGAGCAGUUGUGGAGAGGCGACAGUGAAAUAAGCGCACAGACUCUGGUGCGGCUGCCGCUUAACACAACGCGACUUUGACAAGAGAUAGUUAUUAUUUCACCAAACGAUGGCCUUAUCCGGAGUGAUGCUACCGUCAUUUUCGACAUUCUCAAACCAAAGAGAGCGAACCUGGGAAAACAAGUGGAAAGGGGAGAUGGACAAACUAGUCUCCACCAGCUGCUCCAUGCUUGAAAUGGUACACAACCUGGACAAUCACAGCAGAAAGGACGACGAGGAUCUGAGUAAUUACUUGGAUCUGGAUUUUAUUCUCGCCAACACAACUGGCUCAGACAGCGCGGCGGAAUUUGUGGGCACAGUUGACCCCAGCAUGUACACGACGGGAAAUUCGGUGCCAUCCUACCCAGGAGAUGACCACCGCUCCCCGCCGCCCCCGUACGGCGCCAGCCUCAUGACAGAGCUGCUCCGCUCAGAAGGACCCAACAAUUAUGGCAUUACACGCAACCCUGGUAUUCAGGGGGGAUUUUAUGUCAACACAGUGCCUUUUCCCCGCCAGGACAUCAAAGUGGAGCCUCCCAUGGACGGUUAUGGUCCCGUUUUGGGCAUGGUGCCUCAAAGCUGCAGCAAAAUCAAGCAAGAAGGGAACGUUUCGUGCAUGAUGUCCUUCGAGCAGCCGCGGGUGGCCAUCUCCCCGCGGGCAGCCAGCAAUAUGACCCCGCCUCUCAGCCCCGAUGACCAGGGAGCUUCGGACUGCCAGGCACAGCUGUGCCAGCCCAUGAACUUCUCACAGAAGUAUCACACACCGGCGGGUUUCCCGCACCACCCUCAGGCGCCCCAGAUGCAGAUGUCUUACCACGCUCCACAUACUGCCUUUGGCAUGUACGAUGAAGGUCUCAGCCUGCAGCCAGGCGCGCAGAGGGUGAUGCUCACACCGCCCUCAUCUCCCCUGGAGCUGCUGGAGUCCAAACCCAAGAGAGGUCGGCGCACAUGGCCGCGGAAGCGCACAGCCACGCACACCUGCACCUUCGCUGGCUGCGGAAAAACCUACACCAAGAGCUCACACCUGAAGGCACAUCUCCGAACUCACACCGGUGAGAAGCCGUACCACUGCAGCUGGGAAGGCUGUGGAUGGAAAUUCGCCCGCUCCGACGAGUUGACCCGUCAUUUCCGCAAACACACAGGACACCGGCCCUUCCAGUGCCACCUGUGUGAACGCGCCUUCUCCAGGUCUGACCACCUGGCACUUCACAUGAAGAGACACAUGUGAAGGAGCCCACAUAAGGACUUGGGGUUCAUGGGGGGUAUUUUUAUUGUGAUUAAACUGAUGUAUUUUUUUUAUUUAAAUUGUUCUCCACAUGACCAAGGUCUUUUUUUUUUUUUUUUUUUUUUUACAUAAUAUUGAAUUUAAAAGUUUGUGUUAUUUUCUAAUAACGUAGCUGGUACUACUUUGGUUCUAUACAAGCUUUAGAAAAGCUUUGUUUGCUUUAGAGCAGGCAGACCAAGAAGGGGCUGGCCCUGUAUAUACUACUCUUCUUUGACAGAACUGGAAUGCUGUGUUUGACACAAAAGUGCCUUUCUUUGACUGUGCUACUGUAAAACUCUUCGUGACAGAACACCAUGGCCACAAAAUAGUACAUGUUCUUGUUGACAGGAGUAAGAUGCACAUACAGUUGCUUAACAUGUGCAAAGACAAUGUUUUAUUUAAACUGCCUCAAUGUCUGAAUGGCCUGAACUGUUUUAUUUGAUGGCUUCUCCCUAUUUGGAGUUGAUGUUUUCUCCUUGUGUGAAACUCUUGGAUCCAAUCCCUCUGUUCACUAUCAGGGCUUGAUGUCUUGUGCAUUAUUUUUCACUUAAAUUUAUAUAAAUAUGUACAUGGAUUUUAUACUGUAAUGUAUUUAUUGUAAAUAUUAAAAACAAUGAAAUUGCA